AUGCUAAAGUUUUAAUUAAUAUUCAUACUACUUUUUGACAUAGUAUUAAGAAAUGGAUAGUAAUUUGUCAAAUAAACAGAAAUAGUUUCUGAUUGGUAUUGUGUUAAUGUUAAGACAGGAUAAUAAAAAGCCAAAUUAGAUGGUCAUUCUGAAUAUGUUUCUUCAAUUUGUUACUCUCCUGAUGGUACUACAUUAGCAUCAGGUAGUUGGGAUGACUCUAUCCGUUUAUGGGAUGUUAAGACAGGAUAAUAAAUAGCUAAAUUAGAUGGCCAUUCAUCAACAGUUUAUUCAGUCAAUUUCUCACCUGAUGGAAAUACAUUAGCUUCUGGUAGUGAUGAUAACUCUAUUCGUCUUUGGAAUGUAAAAACAUCAAAGGAAAUACUUCAAUCAGAUAGUAACUAUAAAGAUUUGCUUUCCUAGUUUAGCAUACCUCUUCAGAAUAGCUCCUUAUUGCCAAAUGGUAUUUAUUAUUCAUUAUUAUUUAGUUAAUCCUGAUCGUACAAUACUUAGAAUAUGUUAGAAUCCUUUAUUAGAAGCAUCAGGAACACUUAUCCUAUAAGGACAGUUCAUUAAUCAUUAAGGGAAAGAUUUAAAACCUUUGUUUAAAUCAAAGGGUAGUUGCUUUUUAGAAGACUUAAAGCAAAAGUGA